UUCUCCUUCCCUCCUUCCCUCCCUCCCUCCCUCCCUCCGCGGCUGCAUCCCUCCUUCCUGUCGGCGCUGCGCACUGCUGCCCGCCGGAGCUGGGCCGCCGGGAACGCGCACAGCCCCCGCACCCCGCGGAAUGCGGCCGCCACAGGGCACGGCGAGGCGGCGGCGGGACUUUGAACUCAGAAGCGCAGGAAAAGCUCUUUUGGAGCCAGAUGGUGACCCGGGCCACUUGCUGCAAAGAUGUCCAGUCCAGAUUUGAACAUGGUGGUCUCAAAUAGUGUGAAGGUACCUCAUGUGACUGUCCAGUUCAGCAUUCAGUUCUCCCAAACUGAAGACUAAGGACUGAGCCUGUCACAGGCUCCUGCAGUUGGGCUCCUGCCAACAGUACAAAUAACUGACCAGCUUGUUGGAAGAUGAUGUUUAUUCCUGCUUAAAGCUGCUGUUCUGAAAAUAAACAGUAGAAGAAUGUGGAAGAAUUCAAGCCUCCGCUGCCUUUUAGCACUAGCUAUUUUAUGCCUAAGAAGCUUAGUAUAUAGCCAAGAGAUAGGUUCUCUGGGGCACCCCCAGAAUUUGAAAUGUGUAACGCACAAUUUACACGAAAUGAUCUGUACUUGGGAUGUGUCUCCUAGAAGAAAACAUGGACAAACUGACUUUUGCUAUGCUGCCAAUGACCUCCCCACUCCGGUGUGUUUUAAAACUAAGGAGAAAAGGGUUGAGAUUCCAGUCCCACACAGCUCCAGCACAGUGACAAUAACUACAAACAGCAUCUCUGGAACUGCUUUGGCUACCAAAGAAUUUAAAAUUCACAAGAAAGAUAUCUUGUUUAUUCCUGUUGCUCCACGCAUUCUUAGUUUAACGCCUGAUUUUUCAACUUCCACAUUAAAUCUGAAGUGGAGUGAUAAUGGAUCGGUCUUCCCAGAUGGACUGGAUGCUGUUUGGCAGAUUCAGAUACUCCGAAAAGAAACAAUGGAAAAAGUCACACAAGUUACUUACCACUCAAAACUGACUCACGAAGACAUCAUUCUUUCUUGGAACUGGACAUCAGAUAUGCCUUUGGAGUGCACAUCGCACUAUGUGAAGAUUCGCUGUUAUAUUAAUGUAACACAGUUUGUUGGCCUCAAGGAGUGGAGCGACUGGAGCCCAGUAAAAGUGAUCCUUGGAAAAGAUACCGAUCCCAGUGAGAAUGGAGUGUUUCCUCUGGAUACUGUGGUGGCAGUAGGUUCAGAUGUGACAUUUUGUUGUAUCCAUGAAGAAGGUCAGAACAUAACAAAUAUGAGUUAUGGAUCAAAGCCCUACCCAAUGAUACAGCUGAGCAGUCGGAGCCAUGCAAUCAGAGUACUAAAUGCCAGUGCCUCGGAUUCCAGUGGAACAAACGUUGUGUGCAGACUCAACAAUGGAAUGAUGGAGGGAACUGUCCUGUUUGUAGGAUAUGCUCCUGAUAUUCCCCAAAACCUGAGCUGUGAAACACCCAAUUUCCAGAUAAUAAAAUGCACCUGGAAACCAGGCAGACCCAGUGGACUGUAUGGAAAACGAAGAACAAAGUACAGUUUAUUUGAAAGGACAUCUGGUAAAAAUGUUUCAUGCGAAGUCAAUGAAAUGAACAGACAGCAUGUCUGUGGCUUUCCAGUACUGCCUGAUCAAAAAACCUAUGAUUUCAUAUUAGGUGUCUCCAAUCCUAUUGGGCAAGCAGAGUCAUCUCUUUUGGUUGAUAUAACUCAAAGAGUUCAUCCAAAAACCCCAGAGAAGUUGACUGUUUCUGAAAACAACUCUACAAGCAUUCAUCUGCGUUGGUUUAUAAAUGGCAGCUUUGCUGAGAUCAGGCUUCUGUGUCAAAUUGAAAUUAGCAGUGGUCACUCUGAGCAAAAACUACACAAUAUCUCCAUGCCUGGUGGGAAAUCCUCAGCUUACACAGCUCAUCUGAAUGCAUUGCACCCAUAUACCAAAUACCAGUUCAGGGUGCGCUGUUCAGCUGCUGACCAUUUCUGGAGGUGGAGUGACUGGAGCCGGGUAGAGGAGUACACAACAUCAGAAGCCCCUCCUGCAAGAGGACCAGACAUCUGGAGAGAGAGAAGUUCUUCUGGAGAAAGUCUAAAAAUCUUCUGGAAGCCCUUACCCCUUUCUGAAGCCAAUGGGAGAAUAGUGUCUCACGAAGUGUCCUGCUACCUGCUAGAGACACCACUGGAGCAUAAAGUAGUCACUGAACCCACAAACAGCACAGAGAUAAAACUUGGAAAAAAUGACUGUGUAAUUAGUGUUGUAGCCAAAAACCAAGCAGGCUCGUCUCCUCCUUCAAGGAUAACAAGCAUGGAACUUCCAAGUGACAAUAUCAUAACAGGACAGGCAAUGGCAAUGGGGAAUGGAAUUAAUGUUUCUUGGGAUUCUUACCCCAACAUGACCUGUGGCUACGUAGUAAAAUGGUGUCGUUCAUCUGGGUCUGAACUCUGUAAUGUGGACUGGCAGAAAUUUCCUUCAAACACAACAAAUGCAGUGAUAAAAUCUGCUCUGUUUAAACCUGGCGUGAGAUACAACUUUUCAGUGUAUGGCUGCAAAUCCACUGGAUAUCAGUUGUUGAAAAACAUAACUGGCUAUAUGAAAGAGCUGCCUCCAAAAAGUGCACCAAAUUUUACUGUCGAAGAAACUUCUUCAGAUUCUAUAUUGGUAAGAUGGGAAGAUAUUCCUAUUGAAGAAUGCCGAGGGUUUUUAAAAGGAUAUCUUCUUUCCUUUGCAAAAGGUGAAAAAGAUGCUUUAAAGCCUAGACUUUCAGAAUCAGGGAAUCCAGAACUUAAAGUUAACAACAUCACUAACUUAACACAGAAGUCUAUGAAAAUACUUGAUCUUCAAGGGAAAACAAGUUACCAGCUGGAGCUACAAGCCUACACUGCUGGUGGGUUGAGCCCUCCAAACAGCCUCUAUGUGGUGACAAAGGAGGACUCUGUAGGAUUAAUCAUUGCAAUUCUCAUCCCCGUGGCAGUGGUGGUGCUGCUUGGAGUGGUGGCCAGCAUAUUCUGCUACCGAAAGAGGGAAUGGAUUAAAGAAACAUUUUAUCCAGAGAUCCCGAAUCCUGAGAACAGUAAGGCACUGCAGUUUCAGAGGAACAUCUGCGAGGGGAAUAAGACACUUAAAACACUGGAAAUGAACCCAUGCACCCCCAAUAGUGUUGAAGUGGUGGAAACACAGUCUGCAGCUCCCAAGAUUGAAGACACGGAGAUGAUGUCCCCAGCAGCAGACACCACCGUGCCUGAAGAUGGCUCUGACUCAGAAAUGGAGAACCAUGUUGUUGUGUCCUACUGCCCCCCUAUCAUUGAGGAGGAGAUCUCAAAUCCCCCUACUGAUGAACCUGGGGGGUCAUCUCAGGUGGUUUACAUUGACAUCCAAUCCAUGUAUCAGCCUCAAAUUAAAUCAGAGGAGGAGCCAGAAAUAGACGUAGUGACUACAGCAGGCUAUAAGCCACAAAUGCAGCUGUCCGUCAAUGCUAUGAAUACAGAGAGUCGCUCACCUGUGGAGGAAGAAUUGGAUAAAACUGCAGGUUACAGACCUCAAGCAAACACAAAUGCCUGGAACAUGGACACUCCGGACUCUCCUGGAUCAGUUGAAAGCAACAAUGAAAAUGCAUCCUUUGGGAGCCCAUGCUCCAUUAAUUCCCGACAGUUUCUUCUUCCCCCAAAGGAUGAUGAAGACUCUCCUAAACCCAUUAACAUAGGGUGGUCCUUCACACAUUUUUUUCAGAACAAACCAAAUGAUUAACAGUGAGUCCUUGUUGCUCCUGAACCAGCCUUCUAAAUAAGCUUUUAUUCCCAAUGUUGUAAAGAAAGCAAGAAGAAAAGUGCAAAAAGCAUGAAUUAUUCUUGGAGACAGUCAGCAGAAGUUCUAGUGAGCUGAACGUUACCAUGUUUGAGUUAGUGAAAGUGUUAAUAUUCCAUUGUAAUAGAGGCCGAAAGGCAAAAAUUAUAGCAAUUUAAUUAUUACUCUAGUAAAAUAUAUUGGAUAUACGGGGUACUGAGUUUAGAGCCCCUAUAAUCAUAGUCAAAGAACUCUGCCUGCCUUCACAUAGUGCUCCAAGAUUAACAUAGUCUCAUGCAACUUAUAACUUGGAAAGAUUGCUUUGCUUUGUUGUAGUUGUUCUCAACCAUGCAGACUCAAAUGAUGCAGCCCCAACAGGUUUCCUUACUGAAGGUUUCAUUUAUCACAAAUGUCAGCCUAAUACACGGAAACAAUGUAGUUGGAAACCGUUGAGAUCUUUUACCUAGUUAUAAACUAAGAGCAAAUGAGAGUCCUAUUUUUUCCUUCUCUUAUAUGGAGAGUUAUUGUCACUGUUUAACACUUCUGAAGCAAUGGCCAUUCAAACCUGUUGCUUUUUAACUAGACACUAGUUUCUGUACCUACUGUACAAUGUUUAUUCAAUGUUUGACUCAGGGGUACAAACUUGGGGGGGAAAAAGUGUAACACUGAUUGAAACCUCAAUAAGAACUGCAUAAAGUUUAAAA